GGUGAUUUUACCCCUAAAGCUACGACCGUCCUUUCCACAGAGAUGGUUCUUGUGUAGAGGCGGUGGCAAACAAGUAAAGAAUAAAGUCGAACCAACCCGGUCUGAUGUUUGUAGAUGACCCAACGCUACUGACAUCGAAGCGGAGACGACUCUCGAUCAACGAUUCCAUGGAAGCUUCUUCUUCUUCUUCUUCAUCAUCUCAGGAGGGUAAGGUCGCUGCUGGUAUGCGAGAGAAAUACGGGAGAGAGAUUCGCGUUUUCGAGACUUCGAGCAUUUCUCAGAGGCCAAGUCAAGCUUCUGUUGCUCAAGAGGAGUCUGAUGAGUUCUACGAGCUCACACCCACAGAUUACUACCGUCUUGUAGCAUCUAAGAAAGAAGAUAAAUCUUUGAAGACAAGAAAGCUCCGGGAAGCAGAAGAAGCUGCUCGUCGAGCUAAGCUGACUAAGGCUGUGAUCCGGGUUCGUUUUCCUGAUAAUCACACAUUGGAGGCGACAUUUCAUCCUUCAGAGAAGAUACAGUGCUUGAUUGAUCUUGUUAAAAGAGCACUUGCGCAGCCGGAUAUUCCCUUCUACUUGUACACAACUCCUCCCAAGAAGCAGCUCAAGGAUUUCUCACAAGACUUCUACUCUGCUGGGUUCAUUCCUGGAGCUAUUGUCUACUUUGCAAACGAUCAACCAAAAGAUGAUGAUGCAAGUUCAACACCUUAUCUUAAUGAAGAGAUCUUGUCCCUGAAAGAUGCAGAGGUCAUGACCAAAGCAGAGGAACCGGUUGAGCCAUCUUCAGAGCCAGCCGAGAGCGAUACUGGUACUGUACCAAUUGACCAAGAGCCUAAACCCGCGGAGAAGAAGAGCACAAAGCCUAAGUGGUUUAAAAUGUGAUUGAACAUCAAUCGUUUGAUACAGAGGAUGUUACCUUUGAAUUGAAACGUGACAGUUAGUGUGACAGUAACAAUCUUAUUGUAUGGCUUGUUUGGAUUUCCUCAGGCCUAAAAGUGAUGUUCAUCCACAGUUUGAUAUAUCAUUUCUGCUUCGAUUUUC